AUGGCUUCGCGUCUCGCUAAGAGCGCCAUUGGCGCCGCCCGGCUGCGGCCAUCUGUCUCCAUCCGCGCUCCUGUCGUCCCUACCAUGACCUCUUUCCGCGCGGCCUCCAACGUUCCCGCCGAGGAGCCCAGCAAGAAGGCUCAGUCCAUCCUGGACUCUGUUCCCGGUAACUCCCUCGUCUCCAAGACCGCCGUUCUCUCUGCCGCCGCCGGUCUGUCCGUUGCCGCUAUCAGCAACGAGCUCUACGUGAUGAACGAGGAGACCGUCGCCGCUUUCUGUCUGCUCUCCGUCUUCACCGCCGUUGCCAAGUACGGUGGCCCUGCUUACCGCGAGUGGGCCGAGGGUCAGGUUCAGAAGCACAAGGAUAUCCUGAACUCUGCCCGUGCCGACCACACCAGCGCCGUCCAGACCCGCAUUGACAACGUCAAGGAGAUGUCCGGUGUUGUCGACGUCACCAAGUCUCUCUUCGCUGUUUCCAAGGAGACUGCCCAGCUUGAGGCUCAGGCUUACGAGCUCGACCAGCGCACUGCUCUGGCCACCGAGGCCAAGCAGGUUCUGGACUCCUGGGUCCGCUACGAGAAUCAGGUUAAGCUGCGCCAACAGCGUGAGCUUGCCGACUCCAUUAUCGGCAAGAUCCAGAAGGAGCUUGAGAGCCCCAAGGUUCUGCAGCAGAUCCUGCAGCAGAGCGUUGCUGAUGUCGAGCGCAUCAUGUCUUCCAAGGCCCAGUAA